GCCAACGCUCACCCUUCUCUGCACUGCUUCGUUUACCAGCACUGCAAGUUGCAUUAAUAAUAAUAAUUUCGAAUUAAACAAAAUGAGCUCGAACCACCGUCCUCUGGACGACUCGGACAUCCUGCUGAUCCAGACCAUCCGCGAGACGCCGUCGCUGUACGAUCCACAACAGCCCUCUUUCCGGCUUUCGCAGCGCAAGGAGGAAGACUGGGCCAAAGUCGCAGAUGUCCUCAACAUAUCGACAAUGGACGCCAGGCGUCGAUGGACCUGUUUGAGGGAUCGUUAUUCCCGGGAGCUUAAACAAAAGCGUCUGCAUCCGUCCGGCGAGUUCGGCCAGAACGACUUCUUCCGAAAGAUGGACUUUCUGCGAGACUUUGUACGCAAGAGACGGGAGCGAGGAGGACGCGACCGUGUACGGGACCAAAAGCCAACCGGCUGGAUGAAAGUAGACAUGCGACGACGUCGCAUUAGAUUGCCUCUCGACACGGACACGCUGAUUGAGGAGCAGGGCUCGCAGGUUUACGACGAGGCCGAGGAACACCAGAAUUACGAUGCCAAGCUGGAGGCGCAGACCACGCACUCAGAAACGUAUUCGGUGCUCGUAGAGGCUGACGAAGGCCAGGAGCAGGAUCAGGAGAGUUUUGAAGAGUUUCUGGGAUCCGAGUGUGAACAGAAGGUUAAAGUGGUUACCAUUCAUCCAGACCCUGCCACUCCAAAGCCAAACUCUACUACGCCGUGUGAGUCAGGGGAACCUAGCCAGGCCGACCUGAACUACUUGGUCUGCGUGCCCAAUGUUAGCCAGGAGCGGGAGCAUUCAGCGCCAGAAACAGCUAAUCCACCGGUUGCCGUGCCCCCCAACCACUCGGAAACGGAAGACGACUUCUUCUGCAAAUCAAUAGCUGCCUACCUGCGUCAGUUGUCGCGCGUCCACAAAAUCAAGGCCAAAGUGGAGAUGUACCAGAUCCUGGAGAAGUACAUUCUGCUCGAGGAGAGCGGUACGGGGUCGGGGACAGGCGGUUCGGGCUGAACAGGUUACAUAGCUACUUAUGUACAUAGAUUUUAACAUAGUUUUUUAAUGCAGUACAAAUAUACAAAGUGACGAAAAUCA